AUGGAACAACAAAAACAAGGAGCGCCUGUUGUGGCCGCAACAUCUCCCACAGCUCUCGUCGGCGAGGAGGAGGUGGAGGAGCAACUGGACAUUGAUGACAACAUGAAGCAUUGCUUUGAGAACCUCAUUGUCAUCGAUGUCGGUGCAAAUUUGACCAACAAAAAGUAUAGCCGUGAUCUGGAUUCCGUUGUCCAAAGGGCAAGAGACGCAGGUGUUCAGAAAUUAAUGGUGCACGGCACUUCGGUCAAAUCGAGUAAGGAGGCGCUGCGCCUUUCGCGCAUUUAUCCCGACAUUAUCUAUUCGACUGCUGGCAUACAUCCGCACGACUCGAAGUCCAUUGUGGAGGAGCCGUCCACAUGGUUCGACUUCGAGCAUAUUGCACAGGCGCCGGAAUGCGUUGCCGUUGGUCCAUGCGGCCUGGACUAUCAGCGCGACUUCUCCGAGCCGGAUGUGCAAAAACAGAUAUUUGCCAAGCAAUUGCAUUUGGCAAUUCAUCUGAACAAACCUCUGCUGAUCCACGAGCGAUCGGCUCAGAAUGAUGUACUCGAAAUACUCGACAAAUUCGAGAAUCUACCGCCUGUGAUCAUCAGAGGUUUUAUGGGCACCGCCGAGGAGGCGCUUAAGUACUUGGAUCGCAGAUUCUACAUCAGCUUGACGGGUUACUUAUGCAAGGACAAAUCAGAUACAGGCGUUCGCAGGCUGCUGGAUAAUGGCACACUGCCACUGGACAGACUGCUGGUCGAAACGGAUGCGCCGUUCAUGUAUCCCAACACGCGAGCUUCCAAACUGCCGCAGCAUGUGAAAAGUGGCAUUACGGAACGAUCUUUGCUGUACUUACACAGAUAUUGCACCUUUCAACGUAACGAACCGUGUAGCCUGCCAGCAAUUGUGGAAAUGAUUGCAGCAUUCAUGAAGAAAACGCCCGAUGAGGUCGCAUUGGCCACGGCCUUCAACGCCCUAAAGCUAUUUGGCUUGUCCUAAAUGUGGUGCUUAGCACCCAAAAAAUUAAAAAUUGAAACGAGCCUGAGAUUCACGAUAGACUCACACCAUGUGCCUUAACUAUUACUAAUCGAAUUCAGGAUGUGCUAACCUUGACCUAAAUAUAUACACACAUACACACUCACAUAUACACAUACACACAUGCAUGCAUACAUUGCGAACACACACUCACACACACCUAACUUCGACGCAUUCGUGCAAGAAAUACGUAUACAUUAUAUCCUACAAAUGCUCUUACCACAUCUACGUAUUAGUUGUGCGAAAAAUUUUGCAAAUCUAGUUUUUAAGUUGUGUUGGUAUUUUGUAAACAGAAAACCUUUGUUUACUGGUACUUCCCCCCCGGAAACGGUGCCAAGGUGGUGCCAAGUGGAACGGUGACGCCGGGAACGUGAAAUCAAUUCGCGCUUUGUUCACCAUUUCACACAUCGAAGUGCGCGCUUCGAGACUGUUAAAUGCUGCAGCUAUAUAUUUAUUGUGUGUGUCUGUUACUUUUUUCUCUAUAUUUUUUUCAACUGUCAUAAAGAUGUUUUCUGUCUUUAGGUUAAGGGUUACUUUAUAGUUACGGCCGUUUUUUAUAUUUGUUGUUUACCAACCAACCUAUUAAGUCUCUCGUUUAGUUUAUAGUACAUAUUUUUGUAAAUAUUUAUUUUUGUUGUUUUGAGAAGAUUGAUGAUAAUGAUGAUUAUGGUAAACGUGAUGUGAUCAUUUAACGAGCUACAUAUAUUUAUAUAUAUGAAACACAUACUUAGUUUGUGCUAAGAAUAAUAACGCAUACCCACUACAUACAUACACUAUAUAUAUAUAUAUAUUUUGUUAUAUCUACAUAUUAAUCAACAUACAUACAAAAACAUAUGUGAUGCUGUUGUAUACGUUGUACUGAACUGAUUCAACUAUAAACGGAGGUGCAUGAAAAACUCUGCUUUGUGCACUUUGUCCGCACACCACACCUAACACACACACACACCUACUAUUUUCCAAUUGAGUAUAGAUAAAGCGAAUUUAAAUAAAAAUGAAAAGCGAAAACAAUAAA